GCGUGCCAGGGAAAAGCAGAAAUGACUCCGCUUUAACGUAUCACUGCAGCUUGGAGACCCCCUGAUCUGUCACAUCUCAUGCAUUCGUACAUUUAAGGAUGGCCAACCAACGCCGACUUUUUGUCUGUUGGUUGCUCGGUUAUGGACUAGUGGACAACAGUCCAGACACCGCCCGGUCAAAACGUUUGGAGUCGCGUAGCCCGGAUACAGCAUCAAAACUCACAGCUCCAGGAGGAGAGCACGGCUUGAUGCCGUCCAGCAAGCGGUCCAAUACCAUCGCAUCAAGCCGCGAGUAUGCUGGAACACCACAACACUGCCGAGCUCUCCGAGCAUGGCGGUUCGUCGAAAUCACCAAGGGAAUCAGCCGAGCAGGACCGGAUGCUUCCAGAUGCCAACGCUGUCAUCCUUCAAACGAAAGCCGAAAUCGAGAAAGCUCGGCGAAAGGCUGACGAGCUCAUAGAACAGUUCGCUAAACACUUCGUUGCAGCUGCUGGGCAGCUCAGGGAAGAGGCCAUACAGCGAUACCGGAGACGACUGGAGGCAUUGCCCCCCGAUGUCUGCGCAACGGUGUGUGACACAUUGGCGACAGACGAUGACUUUUGCGCGCAAAUGCUGUUCGGAGAAGGGCGAGUGUUUUAUGGUGGGAUGUCCUUAAAAUUCAGUACCGGUAGCGACGAAGCUUUCAACGCCCUGUCUCACCAUGUGUGGAAAGACUUCUAUCAAUCGUUCUCGAGUUAUGAACCCCCUCCGCCGUCUAGCAACGUGCUCGACCGCGGCCUCCCAUCCACAAGUCGCCUGGCGCACCCUGAUGAACAAGACAGGUCGGCAUCCGAUCAAAACAGACCAUUACGCUCCUCCGAUGAGAGUGAACUGUCUUCUGUUGAACACUACUCUCCACUCUCUGGAGACUCAACUGGGGCUUUUCAAACAGACAAGAGAGGGAGGUGCCAAAGCAACUCCUCGCCAUCCCCGGGCUCGGCCACAGACAAUCAAUUCGGAAACUUGGACACAUCGAGGAGAUGCUUAACAGGUCAAUCAUCGAAGUGCCAGAGUGGCCCGGAUACUCUAGAGAAACAAGGACGAAGUAGGCCACCAAGUACACUUUGGUCACCAGAGGAAGAGGCUUUGAUCCGAGAGAUGAUGGCGGUGCAGCUGAAGGGGCAAGGGAAUCUCGAAAUUGGUUUAUCGCAAGCAAAAGACUUGCACGAUUUGUUCCCUGGCCGAUCUGUCUCAGCUAUCAGAAACAAAUGGCGGACGCUGAAGGCGAAGCAGACACAGUCCAGCUGGGUACGAACGGAAGCAAACAGCCGAACCCACGAUGCCAAACACCAAGUUCCAGACCGUGAUACGGAGCAUACGAAACGCGAUCAAGGGGGUUCGGGUCCAACGAUGGAACACGACCAGGGCGGUGGCGAUGAUCAGACUGACCAUGCAGUCAACCGAGGCUCACAAGUGUCUGCCACACAUGUCAAGAAUAAUAAGUGGACCCCCGAGCAAGACCAGCUGCUAAAAAGCACUGUGCAGUCGAAAAUGCAGUCAUCUGCCGUUGUGACAAUAUCAAUACCACCGCUUGUCAAGAAGGAACUGGCAAAAUCUCUGGGCCGCAGCGAGAAGGCCAUCUCGAGGCGCUGGGCGUUUCUUUCAGGGGAUGGCAAACGACAUGAAACCCAAGAGCCGAGGAAGUCCAAGGAGAAGGACGAAAGCCAAGCUGAAUCAUCAUCUUCAAGGCCCCAGGCGUCCGACACAGCACGGAGACCAGAGGCAGCGCGUGGCCCAGGGCCGCGAUGCCCGGUUCAGGCCCCGUCGUCAACUUGGUCUCGCGAAGAGCAUAUAUCCAUUUGCAGAUCGACCCAUGGCCUGAUAAGAAGCCAGAUUGACUUCAAAAAAGUCGCCUCCGCGCUUCCGGAUCCUUCCAGGCGCACGGCAUCUGCCUGCAGGUCUUACUGGAAGAGAUAUAUUCAUCCUACCCUGGUAGGCCAAGGCGGGAAUCCGUUCCAGGUUGGAGACGCGCCCAAGGAAAGCACAGGUUCUGGGACAGACCAUCCUCAUCCCAGACAUUCCGAGACCGGGCGGACCCAGGAAUCAAAUCGAGGACCGCCUGGAGAAGCAGACUCCGCUGUGUCGGUGACUCGAGGGUCUAAACACGAGCGGGAUUCAGACGACGAGUGCGAGAGACAAUCCUCUACAAGUCGGAAGAAGCAUAAUCGCUUGCCUCAUCAGUCUUCCCUCGAUAGGCGUGAAAAUGAUGGCGUAUCAGAGGGAGAGGGGCAUGAUGUGUACAGGUACGAAUCUGAGUAGAUGUUUUUGUGUUCUUGAGGGAAGAGAGAAGGUGAAAAGGUUGGGGGGGGGGUUGGUGGCUGGUGGUCCACAAACAUAAGGGGCUUGUUAACUACCUAGGCAAUGACCGCUUAAUACUAUUUUGUCAAGAUUGA